AUGAAAGAUCGGGGCGAUGCGCUGAACGAGCUCAAAGCGUUUCUACAACUUUUAGAACCCCAACGUUGGCCCAUUGAGAGAGCCAAUACGUUGACAGACGUCGUUGAAAUUCUUUCACUCGAUGAAACGGCAGAGGACAACCCGAGUAAGAUGGAGGAACAGCAAAGUCUAGUCGCAGAAGCCCGGCAACUGUUUGAAACGAGCUCUCAUACCUUUGGGAACAUUGAUCUUGACCUAGUAUUACUGGACAGUGCUAGCCGUCAAAGCCUCGUUUCAGCGUGGGAGGGAUUUGGACAGAGGCUACGGCUCGCUAAGCGCUAUUACGAAAUCGAUCAUUUGCAAAACGGUUCGAGGUGUCUUAUGAAUGCUAUUUCUCCAGACAUGGCAGCCGACGACCGAUUCCAUGAGAUGGAUGAUGCUGUACGACUUCUAGACGAGAAGAUCUGCGUCGGAGGCGGCGAGAUGCUGAGGCAAGUCUCACUACUUCACGCGAUAAGCCAAGCAGCUCUCAAAGCCCCCGAAUUUGGCUUCGCUCUUCAGUGCUUGGAGAGCUACCUCGGUAAUCUGCCAGCCGAGGUAUCGCCUCGCAACCAUUACGGAAUGGUUUUGAUGCUCGCCCAAGUAUAUCAGAAGUUUGGCAAACAUGAAGCUGCUCUACGGUGUGCACAGGAGGCCCUCGGAAUUGCAGAGUCCGGGUUGCCUUAUUCCGACCAGUCCGACGCCGCCAUGCUCGAAGGCCACGUCCGAUAUGGAAUGACGCAGGAGCAUGAGGAUGGAUCCCUUGAACAGACGCGCUGGAUCACAGACACGGCCGACUUUCUACUCAGGUGGGCAGACUUGGAUGCAGAACACGGACUCAAGCAAAACGAGAGGCUGAAAUGCCAAGAGAUUGCCAAUUGGGAGAAUCAUCGACUAUCCCACUGCGCCGAUCCGAAUGAGGAGGCGGAAAACAACCUGCAUACCUGGAUUGGCCGGGCAAAGGCUACGUUGACAAACGAUACCAGCAUGGAAAAUCGCAUUGAGGUUGCACAGCUAGAGAUACGCGUCCUCAUGCGCAAGCAAAAGUUCCACGAGAGCUCCAACGUGAUAUACGACCUUCUUUCAGAAGCCAAGACAGCCUCAAAUGUUCGCCUAGUCACGGUGGCUGGGCUAUACUUGAAUGCAUCGAUACAAACUAAUCUAUGGGCCUGGCAGACGAUUAAAGCAUCCGGGAAUGCAGAAGGCUUGGAAAAUGCAGGAAAACUGCUCGGAACCUCCUUGAGACUUGCUCUGGCAGCGCUAGAUUUGUAUCAUCGGACGGAUGGUGUGGAUCUGGUCACCAGUUGCACGGUUGAGGUGUGGCGGCAGCUUCGGACUUAUGUUAAAAUAUUCCCGCAGGGCAAUACGCAUGGUAUGUUGACCGCGUUCCUAGCAGAAGUAGAAAAGACAGAAAAAAUCGUCGACCGGAUGAGAUGUAGCAUUGUUCCGAUUCAGGGCAUGGCGUCCCUCAUGAGAAAACGAGAGUUGGUGGCCCAAGAGUCAUGUCUGAAACUGUUAUCAAUCGGAGUCGAGGUGUCGCUACGACUGGGCGAUGAGGGCAUGAUUUGGGUCUGGAUGCAGAAAGGAAAGUCGCGAGCCUUUGCUGAUGCCCUCGGGGCCACGAUCCUCCUACCUGAGAGCCUCUCUAGUAGGAUAGCCCAAGACCCAGAGGCACGCAAACUUGUGCACGAGGAGCAGAUGUUGCUAGAAAUGCUGGCCGGAAACGAGGGGAACCACGUCCUCGUGUCUCGGCGGCUUGCGGUCCUGCGUACGAACAUGGCCGAGAACUCCCUUCUUCAGGAAGUGAAUCACAUCAAGCGAGGUAUCCUCGACAUUGAUAUUGGCAAUGAAUUCGGACCGGCCCUGCGAAAUACAGGCUUGAAUGUUGCUCAGGUCAAAUUUGUUGACUGGUUCGUGCCGCCCAUGGAAAUGGAUGUUGCAAGUCGCAACAUCGUCCUUUUUGUACGGCACUUGAAUGGCACUACCCAUAUGCGAAAGCUUUCUUUAUCCGCUGCCGACGUGACGCAGUGGUUGGAUGAGGCCUUUCGAUAUCCAGAAAUGUCAGAACCUCCUCUCAGUAGGGGAGCGGGUAACCGCUUGCUUAAGAAGAUGAAUGGCUUGGUAGAGGGUCUAGACGAGUUGACCAGCCAAGACGAUCUCCUUGUCCUGACUCCGCCUGGGCUGAUGAAGAACUUGCCACUUCAUGCCCUGUUUGUGCAAGGAUUGUCGCUAAUUGAUCGGAAUUUGGUGGUAUAUGCAUCAACCGUCUCGACUUUCCGCCAGAUUCUUUUUCGCGCCCCGUCUUCUAAGUCCCAGUCACUUGACGAUACGGAAACCGCGACAACGGACAACAUUUCUGGCGGGAGACGUUGCGAGGUGUUAUGCGAUGACAAUACGGCGGCAAUCAUCCCCUGUUCCUUUUUCGGGGUGUACGAAGAGCCUGAACACGUCGACGAACGAGAGGCCAUCUUCGAAAACAUAAAACAUAUUUCUUCUCUACUUUCUGGACAGGUAUUCCUUGGCCCUGAGGCGACUAAGCCUCGAUUUUUGGAGCAAGCCUGCCAAAGCCGAUGGAUGCAUUAUCAUGGGCAUGCGCGGGUCUCCAAGGAUAUAGUAAAAUCUUCGCUGUGCCUGAGCAAUGGAACGGACGUCUUUGCGCCUGGCAGCGCCGACGAUGACGGCGAUGCGACUGAAGAAGAAGCGGAACCAGAAGGAGAAACAGAUGGUGCAAUCGAGGAGCUUGAUGUAACCGAGCUAUUCACGGCUAAACUCCCUGCUGGAAUGCACUUGACAAUUAUUGCUUGUGACUCGGGUCGACAAGAAUCAGCACCCGGUGACGAGCCGUUGGGCAUAGUGCCGGCAUUGCUUUACGCCGGGGCCUCGUCGGUUCUAGGUACCAUUUGGCCUAUCGAUAGUGCUACGGGACGCAAGUUUAGCGAGGCCUUUUACCGGGAGCUAUCCACGGUGAGUAGGGAUCACAAGAGUAAUGACAACAACAGCAACGCCGGACCUGCCAGAGAGAAUGGAGAAGUUCUGCACGUGGCCAAAGCCCUCCAAAUUACGAUUAGGAGGAUGAUGAAAGGGGAGCUGGGCCAAGAUUUGAGACAGCCCUACCACUGGGCUGCUUUCAUGGUCCAUGGCCUCUGGUUUGUCAACCCUUGA